UCGACUUCCCUCAAAGGCCUCUCAAAUCCAAUUCCACCUUAGAAAGAAAUCGAAGGUUCUUGUGUCAAACCUCCGCUUCUGAGAAUGGUUCAGCAAGACGUAGAGACCAACAACCAUUGCUCUGAAGCAAAAGAACCUGCACUAAAGAUCCCGAAAAUCACCCAUUAUGGCGUUUCGGAGGUUUUUCCACUUCUGAAAGUGAAAAAGCUCUCGGAAAAUGCCGUUUUGCCUAAAAGAGGAUCGAUGCUUGCGGCAGGCUACGACCUCUCCAGUGCGACGGAGGCCAAAGUCCCAGCUAGAGGAAAAGCCCUCGUUCCGACGGAUUUGAGCAUUGCCAUACCAGAGGGGACUUACGCACGAAUCGCACCACGAUCCGGCUUGGCUUGGAAGAACUCGAUUGAUGUAGGGGCUGGUGUAAUCGAUGCAGACUAUAGAGGUCCCAUUGGAGUUAUCCUUUUCAACCACGCUGAUGUCGAUUUUGAAGUAAAACUUGGUGAUCGGAUUGCCCAGUUGAUCCUUGAAAAGAUCAUAACGCCUAAAGUGUUGGAGGUUGAAGAUCUGGACUCAACUGUGAGAGGAGAUGGGGGGUUUGGAUCUACUGGUGUUUGACAUCCUCCCUUUAACCCUUUGCUUUAACCUUUUAUAGAUAGAAGAUAGUGAUGGGUUUCUUGAGUGACAACUGUGCUUCCGAGUAUUUUAGGCAAAUGGGAUUGAUAUCCA